UGUGCUCACAACAGGCAUCCAUGAGUCACAUGGAAGUGGGUGUGGCCUGUAUGUGCUAACAGGGAGUGGCGCACACACACAGACACACACACUGCAGGUGAGCGCACGACAGUUCCGACUCGUCUUGGUCUCCUUCACCACGGAACAACAUGAAUCUCUCGGACGCUCUUGAUGGGGGGGCCAACAACCAAUCAGCAGGUCUUUGGCCCAAUCCGUCCUCAGGAGGCACCAACCCUGCCUGGCCCGGUGCACCACCUGGAGGUGCGGGUCCAGGGGGAUGGCCUGCACAGACUGGAACCUCCGGGGGAUGGCCUGCACCACAGGGUGGAGGUUCCGGGGGUUGGCCUUCACCUGCACCGCAGUCCGGAGGUGGAGGUUCAUGGGGAUCAGGGGGGCAGUCUGUACCGCAGUCCGGAGGUGGGAGUUCAGGGGGUCCAGGGGGAUGGCCUACACCGCAGGGUGGGAGUUCCGGGGGGUGGCCUGCACCUGCACCGCAGUCCGGAGGUGGGGGUCCAGGGGGUCCAGGGGUAUGGCCUACACCGCAAACCGGAGGUGGGGGUCAAGGGGGCUCAGGAGGUUGGCCUGCACCCGGAGGGGGGGGUCCAGGGGGGUCAGGGUCUUGGCCUGCACCGCAAUCCGGAGGCGGACCCAGUCCUUCACAAGGAACUGGGCCCAAAACCACUUCACUGGCGGUGCCCUUCAAUCAAAGCUUCCCCCAAGGACUGAGAUCAGGAACUAACAUCUCUAUCAGCGGAACGAUCAAAGCCAAUGCUAACAAGUUCAUUGUGGAUCUCGGCUCGUCGCGGGACUUGGCCUUCCACUUCAACCCUCGCUUCAACGAGUACGGCAAGAAGGUGGUUGUGAGGAACAACAGGAUCGGCGACAAAUGGGGGGCGGAGGAGCGACACCUGGACGGUCGCUUCCCCUUCGCAGCGGGUCAAUCUUUCCAGAUGAGGAUCCAGUGCACCGACCAGAUGUUCAAGGUCUUCGUGGACAGCAAUCCUCCGCUGGAGUUCAAGAAUCGCGGGACGCCGUUAGGAAACAUCAACAAGCUGACCAUCUACGAUGACGUCACACUGUCGCAGGUCAACAUCAACUGACCUUUCACCCCAGCAUGACCUUUCCUCCAAGCCUGACCUUUCACCCCUCAGAUCUGCUCGCAAGCUUCCUGCUUGAGUCAAGCCAAAUAAAAAGUUGUUGAGGAGA